GUUAUAUCUUUGGAUAAAUCGGCGUCGGUGAGGACUUUCAGUUCUUGACCUUUGUGCAAUUCACCCCCCUCCCCAUCAUCCCCGGAUUAAGCGCCAUCAGCUUCAUUGCAUCUCUCGCAAGAUCUUUUUUUGGAUCCUUCGCCAUGUUUGUCAGCGCACCGGGCCCAGACGCCAACAGAAACCACGUACCGUCCGGCCCUUUCCGUCAGAUAAGAGCACAUUUCGACGAGCAAACAAUCACGGUCUAUCAGGCAUACAACACGACCAUCGCGACAGCAGCCGCGGAGGUUCAGAGGCUCGACGCGUCGCCGAGCUUCAAGCUCACCCGGAUGACGUGGAUCAAACCGAGCUGGGCGUGGAUGCUCUACCGCGCCGGAUAUUCGUACAAGGACCCCGGACAGGCGCGCAUCCUGGCGCUCAAGAUGACGCACGAGGACUUCAUUGCCCUGCUUCGGAAGGGGGCGCUGGCUCACCACGGAGCCGGGGACAUGGAUCGCGGCCGUGUGAGGGUUCAAUGGGAUCCCGAACGAGACGUGCGCCUGGACAAGCUCCAGCAUCGCAGCAUACAGAUCGGCAUACCUGCAGAAAUCUGUCGGAACUGGGUUGCGAGAGGAAUCGUCGGCAUCGAAGAUGUCACGGCCCGCGCCAGGGAGCUGAAGAGAGUUUUGGAUGAGCAGCCGGACGUGAGCGACGGCGAACUGAUCAGUCUGGGGCUGCUGCCAGUCGAGAGGGAGUAUGUUGUGCCGGAGGACGUGGAAGAUAUUCUUGAGAUGAGGGGAUCUAGGGGCACGGGUGACGAGGGAGGUCUGUAAGCUGAUGAUUCUAGCAAAUGCACUAUUCUCUUUGUAAUUUGUUCAUACGAAUUCCUUGACAGUGACUUUCAGCACCCGGAC